UAAUUGGUAUAAAAAUAGGAAAGAGUUUUGCACUGUUCGUGAUCUAGGCCACCUUUCUUUUCGGUUAGUGGAUACCGACCCUUAAUACCAGAGGGCUAAUUUCUCACCAAACUCCCAAGCCUCUCCUCUAGUCCUCCUCGCAAAGCCCUCGUCAAAUCCUUCUACAGUUCGAUUUUCACCUACGAUUCUAGAGUUUUGGCCACACUUAGAUCUGCAUAGUCCUCAAGGGGACUAGGGUUUAAGCUUUUCUCGUCCGUAUAACGGCAGCCCACAAAUUGUAAAUCACUCUGAAGUUUUUUUCUCCUUUGAUCCAUCGCGUAAAACUCUACAGCCCACCAUCAUGAUCUGCUCGAUAAAGCAAUCCGUGUCCUCUUUGCAAGCCCUCACUCGUUCAGACUUUUACCAGCGGAAGUCUCCGGUAAAGUCGUUGUCUCUCCCCUCCGUUGUUGGCGGUACCUCGCCUGUGAAGCCUCUCCAUCUAGCUCCGGUUCGGGGUUUGGGUUUUGGGUUGAUCGAGGAUUUGAGGGUUCGGAGGCCCUUGAUCAGAUGCGAGGCUUACGAGGCUGACCGGUCGGAGCCGGUCGAGAGCGACGUCGUAAAGGGGCGAUCAGAGGCGGCGAAGAAGGUGAAGAUCGGGUUGUAUUUCGCGACGUGGUGGGCUCUGAACGUUGUGUUCAAUAUUUAUAACAAGAAAGUUCUCAAUGCGUUUCCGUACCCUUGGCUGACGUCGACGUUGUCGCUUGCGACCGGAUCGCUUAUGAUGCUGAUCUCCUGGGCUACUAGGAUCGCUGAAACUCCUAAGACUGAUUUUGCGUUUUGGAAGACCCUUUUUCCUGUUGCUGUGGCUCAUACAAUUGGGCAUGUGGCUGCAACAGUGAGUAUGUCCAAGGUUGCGGUGUCUUUUACUCACAUAAUCAAGAGUGGUGAGCCUGCAUUCAGUGUCUUAGUUUCAAGGUUCCUAUUGGGUGAGAGUUUUCCAACUUCGGUGUACUUCUCGCUCAUUCCAAUCAUCGGAGGUUGUGCUCUGGCCGCCGUCACCGAGCUGAACUUCAACAUGAUUGGUUUUAUGGGAGCCAUGAUUUCGAACCUGGCUUUUGUUUUUCGCAACAUAUUUUCAAAGAGAGGCAUGAAGGGGAAGUCUGUUAGUGGAAUGAACUACUAUGCUUGUCUUUCUAUAAUGUCACUGUUAAUUCUCACCCCGUUCGCAAUUGCUGUCGAGGGACCACAGAUGUGGGCUGCUGGAUGGCAAAAUGCCGUUUCUCAAAUUGGACCCCAUUUCGUAUGGUGGGUGGCGGCCCAGAGUGUAUUCUAUCACCUCUACAAUCAGGUGUCAUACAUGUCGCUGGAUGAGAUCUCUCCCUUGACGUUUAGCAUUGGAAACACCAUGAAGCGUAUAUCUGUCAUAGUCUCCUCAAUCAUCAUCUUCCACACACCCGUCCAGCCCAUCAAUGCUCUUGGAGCUGCCAUCGCAAUCCUUGGAACUUUCUUGUAUUCUCAGGUAUUUGCUCAUUCCCUUCAUGAAUUGAGGAUGGUUUAUUCAGAGCUGUCUGAAAAAAUAAAUCAAUAUAUACUAAUAAUAAGGAAAAUAAUUUGUUUGUAAGAAUAUCUCCUGUUUACUUUUUGGACAAAUCCAAUGGCAUAUGACAUGUAAUUUAAUGCAAAACCAAAGGCUUUUAAGAGUCUCUCAUUGGACUCAAUGGCGCCAUUCUAGUUAUAAUGAUAAUGUAAGGAUGACACUGACCAAACAGAUAUGAGGACAAGCAUAUACAUGCUUGUAUCAUAAAAAAGACAAGAGACUGGUAAGAAUUUCUCUCCAUCUCCUGGAGGAGACUUCACUGUCAUCUCUAGGGGUCAUGCCAAUAUGACGGCUGACCACCUCUUUUUGCAUAAUAAUUUUGUUGUCAAGCAUGGGUUGUUGGUCUAGUAAUCUCUUAUUAAUGUUGUACUGAUGAUAUUCUGGAAUAUAACUGAUGAGUGCAUUCUUUCAUGCUUUUCCUUGCAGGCAAAGCAGUGAGGAAGCUGGAGUUGGAAUUUAGGUUUCCGGGCUGCUAUGGAGGAGGAUGCAUGGUCACAGAGAGUAGUCAGGUGGUCCGGCAGCGUUUCUAGCUGUAGAUAAUAAAUAAUUACAGAAGUAACAUUACUAUUACACAUGCGUUUUACCUUUCUUAGGCAGAUAUGAGAAGUGAGGUGUAUGAAUAAAGAGAGUUAGGCAAGAUGAUAAUAAGUAAUAACAAUAAUAAUAAUGGCUCAGUACUGCCAUUGAUUCCUGA